UUUUCUGCUAACACCACAAAGCGGAUCACCAGCUGGUACAGGACGUUCCUUGCCGACCCCAUCGACAGUCUCGGGAGGGUGGAAUCGGUCAAAAGUUCCCCCAGCUACGCCAUAGCGGCGCUCGAUAUGCUCUCUUUAAGCAUUCAGGGCGGGGUGGAGAGACUCCAGCUCUUCGACCACGUGCUGCGGCUCGGGUACUCGAGCUGGCCGAUCACGCCCGAAGAGGUCACGGCCUGGGGCGCUGCGGUGCUUAGGUGCGAGGACUUGUUCUCACUCUACAAGCGGUCUCCGGAGGAUGGGUGCUAUCCGCUUCCCAACUGUCCCGUGGAGUAUGUGGGUGAGAGGGGAGGGGUAUCUCUGCCCACCCCCGAACCGUCUCCCGAGCCUGCUGGUGCCACAACUCCGCCGCAAAAGCAGCUGAAGAGGAAGCGCGGGCGCCCUACCGGCGCGAAGGACGUGAUGAAGCGUGCGCGUCGUGGCGAGUGCGUGGGCUUGUCCGGUGCGGAGAGGAGCCGUCGCUCGAGGCAUGGCCCUACGUCCAUGCAGCGAAAGGAGGAGAAAGAGCUGCAACAGCAAUAGUAAACACCUCCUGCUUAGCUUAGUUUCUCCCUUUCCCGUUCUUCUUCUUCAUCAUCAUCAUCAUCAUCUUCUUCUUCUUCUUUUUUCCGUUUAGGUAUGUCGCUUGGAUGCGGAUUUCCCUCAUGGUGGCCAUCGUCUCUGACCCUGCUCCAGAAUACCAUGAAAGCCAGGAAGGCCAGCAGGAUAGCGAUCAUUGUUGGCGCAGCGGGGUGGCGCAUGGUGUUUUCUUGCUUUCUUUAUCUUACUCUUGCUUUCUUUAUUCUGCUUUUACAGUUUAUUGAGAUCCUGAGGGAUUCGGUA